AUGGAAUAUUGCGUGAACGCGACGCGUGAAGUGACUAAAACGAUCUCGGAGAAAUGUCACGUAUUAAACAAGAUGCUCAAAGCGUCGCGUGUCAAACUUCAUAGUGCUCAAAAGAUUGCACACGACUCAGUGUUUGUACAAAUGCCGCUUCUCCAAGAAAUGAAUCGCGUAUUUGAACAGCUUCAAAGUACAACUGUAGAUCCUGGCAUGGUUGCUGAUGAACAAGACAAGACACUUUAUGAUUUUAUUGAUGCGGAAACAGUUCGAUCGUUACAACAGGAUGCAUUUGAACAAACAAAAGAAAUAGAAGAAUUACUGACUACGCAUCAACAUGCUAUUGCAAGAAUUGCUAUCAUUUAUGACUUUUUCACAACAUUUGAAAAGACUCAUGAGACCGACUUGAAAGCAUUAAGUGGUGACUAUCGAGAACUUGCAUUGAUAAAUGACGACAAGAUCAAAUCGAUUGAGGAAUUCUAUACUAUAGCAGUCAGCUUUUUUGUCGACAUGGAACAAUGUGACCGCUUCUUAUUGCAAUAUUUUUCAACAAUUAAUGAUAUUUACCCACACUACGAAAUGAUAUUCGCUGAUGUGCAUUUGUUAUUCGAAGAACUUCGUAGUCUUCGCGACUUUUAUCUUCAAUUUCUAGCAUCCUAUCAGUCUGUUGGAAUCGAAAUGCAACGACGUAAACAAUACGAGACGAAAGUUCGGCACUUUAUUGAAGAGACUCAAGCAAAACUCGCUUUGUUAGAACAAGAUGAAUUUGUCUUACGUAGCACAUUUUGUGCGGAACAUGGACGCUACUUGCCUUCUACUCUAUGUCCCGAGAUUCACGACGCACCGGACAAAUAUACUGUCGUCCAUGAUGGUAAUUCCAAGAGUAAGAUUGAUCGCAAGGAGACACAAUCAGCUGAAACAGCUUAA